AUGAACAUACCAAUUAAUUAUCAAAGAGAGAAAAUUAAAAAAUAUUUCAAUUUGCUUGUUGAGGAGUUUAUUACGGAUCCGAGACAUAAAAAAGAUAUCAAUAUUAUUUUUAAACAAAAAUUUAAAAAUGUAUUAAAACUAGUUCCCGGUUCUAAAAGAACUACUGCCACCACUACCUAUUUUCCUUAUAAGUAUGUCAUUACUUUUUUAAACAACUACAAAAAUGAAGAUGAAUUACGGGGUACGGUGGUUCAUGAAUUUACUCAUCUUUAUCUCUAUGCUACUAUUGGCAAACAUGACCACGAUGACCGCUUUUACUCGCAAAUGGAAAUUUUAGAAAGUUGGUUAGACAAAAAUCAAGGACUAAGUCCCCGUCUUGAUAAAAUUCAUGACCGCGACCAGUAUGUGGGUGAUAAUAAUAGUGAUACUAAGGAUAAGGAAAAUACUUGCCCUGAAUGUUCUUAUUCCAGUCCUCAUCAUUCCCCCCAGUGUUCUCAUAAACAAAGUAAAAAUAAUUCUGUUCCACAAAAAACGGCCGAAUUUAGCCUUCUAAAAAAAACAUUAAAAGAUAGCAAGAACCUAGCGACUUUGGAAAAAAACUAUCAAACCGUCAAAGCUAGUUCUCUCUAUUCCAAUAGCAAAGGUGAUAAAAGCAGGCUAGAUAAUUUAUAUCAAGCGCAAAAAUGA